AUGGAGGGAGAGCUGGACAAAUACUUCACAGAAAUGUAUGUCUAUCGUGUCGCAUUAAUACUACUUUUGUUUCCUCUAGGGUGCUUUCACAGACUGUGCUCGCUUUCAGCCGUCCUCUUGUGAUUACACUGACUCUUAUUACUAGUUUUUCUGUUUUGUUUACUGAGCGAACUUCUCCAACUAAUAAAUAUCAUUAGAACGAGUAUACGUAACCGUUUGCAGACUACGUACUACUGUUUACUUGCACUUGUGGAGAUACCACGAGCAGGUCAACCGGUCUGAUGCCGCGGGUCUGCCACCUCAUCGACGACCGCCAUCUACUGAAGUCGAUCGACAACAGACUCCCUAGCAAAACUCAACCAUUUGACUCGCCAUCCACUUGGAUCUUAUGCCACCGUGCCAGAUCUGCAGUCGGUUGUCCUCACGCACAUCUGUCCGCAGUUGGGAUCGUCAACCAGGGGGCGGAGCGCGAGUGAGAUGAUGUCAAGGACGGCUUCAUCAUUUUCUUUACUCAGCCUGUGGCUAGGCAUCCAAGUGCCUGAUGAAAUCCUGGAAACGUCCUCGAACAUUCGAAGAUCGGCUCCACGACUAGUGUUUCACCGACUCCCGAAGUCUCGACGAGAUCGAAAGAAAACCGCACACACCAUGUUGACCAUAUAUUCGAUUUUGCCAGCGCCUCGCCUAUUCGACUGACUUGUACUUGGUAUGACUGCGAUGAUAUAUGAUCGAAACUGUUUAUCGAGGUCUGAUUGCCGGAUGGGGUUAUUAAAGAUCUGAAACGAUUGUGUCAGUCACCUGUCCCCUUCGCCCUGCCUAUAUUGAAUUUCUGUUUCAGCCUGUCGGAGGGAGACGCUACUGCCGUCGAGUGCUUUGACCCCGAAGGCUUGCCAAUUUUGUCCCGUGGAAACAACGAGAAAAGUGCAUCCAACGUCUUGAGUUCUAUUUUUAAACACGCACGUAUUAUCACAGAAGAUGACGACCUCGUAGUUGUUAUUGAGCGCGAAAAGAGGUUUGCCACCCGUUUUUAAGGACUAACUGCCAUCUUUAGUUCUAUCUUCUUGGCGCAAUAUGACGGAUACAUGACAGCUCUGCACAAAGAGAACUCGUGA